AUGCAUGAUCUCGGGAAUGGUGAGGUAACUUGCUUCAUGUGGCAUGAAGCGGAAGGUGGCCGCGGUGGUAAUCAAAUCGGAACUUGUUUGUUUGUAGAAUUGAUAAACCUACCUCCCAAUAUAAACAGGGUUAUUCUGUAUUCAGACACAUGUGGUGGGCAAAACAAGAACUCACAUGUAGCUGCAAUGUUUUUAACUGUCAUGCAACGAAAUGCAUGCUUAGAAACCAUUGAUCACAAAUUUAUGAUUAGCGGUCACAGUCAUAUGGAAUGUGAUGUUGACCAUGCCCUCAUAGAGAAACAGAAAAAAAAAUUGGAGCUUAAAAUUAAUCAUCCUCAUGACUGGUACCAGCUUGUAAGGACUGUCGGGAAACGACAUGUAACAUCAUGUCCUCAAUUACACCUCAACCAUCAACUUCUAAACCUGCUGAAGAACUCUAAUCAUCACCGUCGUAUUCUGAAGAAGAUUGACGCAUAAGAAAAACGUCAUAAUGUCGUAUACUCAGAAAUAUACCGCUGCAUGGGAACAAGAACCUGAAUUUAAAGGUUCGCUGAGGAACAGCAAGAAAGGGUCCAAUUAUGCAUUCUGCAAGGCAUGCAAUAAAGAUGUUAUAUGUGGCAAAUCCGAAAUCCAGAAGCAAACAACACACCAAAUUGGUAAAAUCAUUACACACACAAAAAACUUUGACUGAUAUGACAUCUUAUAUGGAAAAAAUAUCUUUAAAUGAAAAAAUCAAAACUGAUGAAAUUCGAAUUGCAGCAUAUGCAGCUGAACAUAACAUUUCACUUAAUACUUUAGACCAUUUAUGAGAAAUUAUUAGAAUAUCAUUUGACGAUUCAGAGAUUGCUAAAAAUUUCACAUGUUAUCACAACCAAAGCUACAGCUAUUGUCAAUAAUGUUUUAGGGCAGUACAGUUUUGAAAAUUCUAUUAAUUUAUUACAUUACAAACAAAUACAUUUUCAUUAAUUGCUGAUGAAUCUACCGAUAAAGGCGCAAUUAUAAAUUUAGCUUUAGUGUCACGUAUUUUUUAUGAACAUAAAAUUACUGACUUGUUCUUUGGUCUAUUGCCUGUAGCAGAUGCAAUGGCAGAAGGACUUUACAACACUAUAGUACAUUAUUUUUUAAAAUGUAAUAUUACUUAUAAAGAAAAUCUAACAGGCUGGUGCAAGAGCUAUGAUGGGAAUUCAUAAUUCAUUAUCCACCAAACUACAAGCCGAUAUUCCUAAUUUAUUCAUUAUGAAAUAUGUCUGUCAUGCAUUUAGUUUAUGUGUUAAUUAUGCUUGUGCUAAAUUACCAGAUGAAAUUGAACAAAUGGCUAGAGAUGUUCAUAAGUAUCUACAAUACAGUUUUAAAAGACAAACUGAAUUUGCAGAAUUUCAGGAGUUUGUAGCAGUAAAACCUUAUUUUACAACCCUCUCAAACAAGGUAGUUGUCUGUAUUGCCAGUUGUAAAAAGAAUACUUGAGCAAUAUGAUGCUUUAAAAUUAUAUUUUACAGAUCAGUGCUACAACAAAAAUGGCAUUCAAGCACAAAAUACCUUAAAUUUUCUUCAAAAUCCAUCUACCAUAUUGUAUUUACAUUUUUUAAACUUUGUGCUGCCGUUUUUUAUGGAAUCAAAUUUAGAAAUACAAUCAGAAAAUAUUAAAAUACACAUUUUAUAUAAACGAGUUGAACAUGUCUUAAGAACAAUUUUGGAUAGUUACAUGAAAAAGGAUUAUUUAGAUAAAACUUUGAUUGAAAAUGUAGAAUAUAAAAAUCCUCAUAAUUUUGUGGAAAUAGAAAACAUUUAUUUAGGUGUCUACGUAAUAGGUGCUAUGUACAUGACUGGGCGGGCGACAAGUGCAGUGUUGUCAGCAUAGAGGUAGACUUCACAGUUGCUGGGGCACAGGACAUCAUGGAUAAAAAGAGGAUAAAGGAUUGGUCCUACGACCGAACCCUGAGGAACACCGGCCCGAACUGGCCGUGUUAUUGACAAAAAAUUGUUAAUUUUGAUCUGCAACUUCCGUCCUUCAAGAAAGGAUUCCAGUAAUUUUAGAAGCCAAAAAGGAAAACCCUUUUGGAUUAGUUUAUAAAGGAGGCCUGCAUGCCACACCUUGUUAAAGCCUUUUGGGACAUCCAAAAGCAAGAUGCCAGUACUCAUGCUGAGGGUGAAUUCUCUGGUUACAUGUUCCACCAGCCUGACUGCCUGUAGCUCGGUGCUAUACUCGGACCGAAAACCGAAUUUAACGUAAGGAAUCACAUGGUGAUUUGACGAAAAAAUCUCAAGGUGACGAUAAAUUACCUUUUUGGCGAGCUUAGAAGGAGCUGACAGCAAACUUAUGCGACGGUAAUCCUGAGGAAAUAUCGAACCCACCUUCUUUGGAAUCAUGAUGACCUCAGCAGUUUUUCACCCAGCAGGGAAGUACUGGAUUCUGAGCGUCGCAUUGUUUAUUGUCACCAAAUAUGUCAGGGCUUUCGGCGAGAGCAGCUUCAACGCCUUAUUGGUGACUUGAUACUCCCUAGGUACUUUACGCACCUUGAGGUCUUUAAUUUGACUUAGGAGUUCCGCUGGUAUGCAAUGUGGAAACUCGGAGGGUUCCGCUAAUGUGCUAUGUGGAGCCUCAGACGAAUCUUCUGAAGAAGAGUCAUCUGAAGAGGAUUCAGUGCCUCCGCUAACGCCGUUGGCCCUAAAAUAUCUCCUGACGGAUGUGCUGUUCCUCGUCGAGGUCAUUAUCAAGAUCAAGGUUGGGAGAGAACUGUUUUUUCGUGGCAUUAGCGAAAACCUCGACCUUAUCCUCCGUUAUGAAGACAAUGCCUUCAGAACCGUGGAUAUGCGGGAGUGGAUCUCGCUUUCCGUUUCUUAGUGACUGCGAUCCUCCAGAGAGGAAUACUUGAAUCAAGCAUUCCCGCCAGAAAGUCGCUUCAUUGCUCGUUGCGGAGUUCGUGCAGUGCGUUUCUCACUUCAUUGGCAAGAUUUGUAGCCCUACGAAUGUCAUCAGGACGAAAAAGCAAAACCGUCGCUACCUUAAAACAUAUGUCGCCCUACGAAUGUCAUCAGGAUGAAAAAGCAAAACCGUCGCUACCGUAAAACAUAUGUCACUUAUAUCACCAGAUGAAUUAAUUGCAAAAAAACAAGCAUCAUUAGGGCCUUUUCCAUUUUCCCAACUUGACAACUGAUAACGUAAAUGAAAUAGACAAAAAAUGGCGUUGAAUAAGAAAUCUUGAUUUAAGUGAAUAUACAAAUUUAAGCGUUCAAGAAUUUUGUGAAAAAAUUUCAACAUUAAAAUAUGGUGAUGAUUCUCUUAUGUUUCCAACCUUAACUAGUUUUGUGUUUAAUCGGUUUAGUUUGCCACAUUCAAGUGCAAAUGUUGAAAGGAUAUUUUCCCAAAUAAAUCUAAACAAACCUAAAAUAAUAAAUAAAUUAUCGACUGAAAGUUUAAGUGGAAUUUUACAUACCAAAGUUUUAUUGAAAAGUGACAGUUGCUACAAUUUUAGCAUCCCUAAUGAUUUGUUUAGAAGAACGGAUUCGUCAAUGUAUAAUAAAACUCAAAAUUAAAUUAUAAUACCUACUUUUGAUUAUUUUGCUUUAUUGUUUCCUGAAAAACAAAAUAUUUUAUGUUAUGCUAUGUUCGUUCGUUCGCUAUUUAUACAG